AUGGCGGCGGAGGCGUCUCCCCCGGGGAGCCCGGAGAAGCCCCGCCCGCCGGUGAGAGAGGCGGGCUGCCAGUGGGAGGCCGCCGCCGCCGUCGAGGCGGGCUGUCAAAGCGACGUCGCCGUCCAGACGGAUCCGCCGUCCAGACGGCCGCUCCGGAGGCGCGCAGGUGACGUCGAUCGCGAACGUCGUUCCCGCCCGAUUCGCCCGCUGACCCGCCGUGCCGCUUUCUCCCUCGCAGGCCCGUCCGGCGCGCCGCUUCGACCCCGCGCUCCGAACGGCAGGAGAGAGGCCGCGGAAAGCGCCUCCGAGGAGCGGGCGGCGCCCCCGGCCGCGGACGUCUCGCCGUCCGGCGCGCGACCGCGGAGGACGCGUCGUCUUCCCAAGUGGCGCGAAGACCCGCCGACGUCGUCCGAGGAGGAGGUGCCUCCAGGAGGUCGGGAGAACAUUUUUGCCACUCUCUUUGGCAUCUUUGCCGACGUCCGCUCUGGCGCUGUGUCAUCAGGUGCGACGGCGGUCAAGUCGGAGGCGGAGACCGUCGUGUGCGACGUGUGCGGUCAGGUGAUGAAGAACAAGUCCAGCUUGGCGCGCCACUCCUUUAUCCACACGGGCCAGAAGCCCUUCGCCUGCCACCUGUGCGACCUGCGCUUCAAUCGGCAGGACAACCUGCGCUACCACCUGAGCCGGCUGCACCCGGGGGGCGCGGCCCGGCGCGAGCGACGGCGCCCCGGCCCGACGUGGCUGUGCCACGUCUGCGGCAAAAUCUUCCGCUGCCGUUCGGCGCUCCGGACCCACGAGGUCAUCCACCUGGGGAUCAAGCCGCACCGCUGCGACCUUUGCCCCAAGGCCUACAUGCGCGCUAACGACCUGGAGCACCACCGGGCCACGGUGCACGGGGACGAUGGGGAGGCGGAGGGGGCGCCGCGCCGCCCGGGCUCCUUGUUGUGUCACUUUUGCGGCAAAGAGCUGAAAUUCCGCUCGCAGUUGGCAGCGCACCUGCUGACGCACACGGACGAGCGGCCGCACCUCUGCGACGUCUGCGGGCGCAAGUUCUCCCGCCGCCACCAGAUGGAGCGCCACAAGCUCCUUCACGUCGACGGCGGCGCGCCACCCUGCGAGGUGUGCGGCAAGCGGUUGAAGACGGAGGCGCUCCUGGCCGCUCACCUGCGCCUCCACUCGGCCGACGAGCCCUUCCGCUGCGGCCGGUGCCCGCGCCGCUUUGCGGGCCCGGCUCGCCUCGAGCGGCACGUUUCCCGCGUGCACCCCGGGGAGAGCGGCGGGGCGGCGUCGCCGCGGGCGGGGCGGGCGCGGCCCCCCAAGGCCUUCCCUUGCGCCACCUGCGGCAAAGAGUUCAAGUUCCCGUCGCUGUUGAGCACUCACGCGGCCGUGCACAGCGAGGAGCGGCCGCACGCCUGCGACUUCUGCCCGCGCCGCUUCCGCCGGACGGGCCACCUGAAACGUCACCGGCGCGUGGUGCACCUGGACGGCGCCCGCCCGCCCCAGAACUUCGUGUGCCACGUCUGCGGCGAGGACAAAAAGUGCCGCUCGCAGCUGGCGCGUCACGUCAUCAUCCACACGGGCGAGCGACCUUUCGCCUGCGACCUGUGCUCCGCGCGCUUCAAUCGGCGGGGCAACCUGCGGCAGCACAGGAAACGCGUGCACGGCGUGGACGAGACGCCGCGGGAGGACGACCCGCCGCUCGUCUUCGACGACCUCGACGAGGACGCCGCGCCCGCCGACUGA